UACUCCUGCUGAACCGGAUGUGAUUCAUGCUCCGUCUCAGUGUUGUCGUUGCGUGGCCAAUCAAUGGCGGACGGAGCCUGUGCGUUUGUCUGCUCAGAUCUGCGCCCGUCAGCAUGGAUGUGAAUUUGACCAUCUCUCUGAUGCGGGGCCAAAUGGGCGCUGUCAUAGAGAAAGCCGUGAACGUCGCGGUGGAGACCGUGUUAGGAGAGAUGAUCCGGGUGGUCGGGCUCAAAUUUGAGGAGAUCAAACGGGAGAUGACAGCUAAAGAGAAGGAGAAUGAGAACAUCCGGAGAAUGUUGGAGACGUCCCGCUGUCAGAUGAAAACAAUGCGCAAGUACAUUAGUGUCCUGGCUGCUAAAGACGCCAACCAUAGACUGUAUCAGGGAGAUGGAGACAUGGUAUUAUCCACAGGGAUACACUGCAGAAGAGUCCAGACGAGCACUGUGUCAAUGUGUGCCAAAGCCCCAAACCCCUUUCCCAGACCGAGAGUCACUGAACCUGCCCCUGUAGCUGGACCCUCAUGGGUGAGACAUCAGAUGCACAUGCCCAAAGAAACCUUAAGAAAUGAGAAUCACAUUGCUGAUUUCCACAUUGAAGAGAUCCAUGGAUCAUCAGUUAAUAAAGUUGAUAACUCAAACCCUCACCUGGUGGACAGUCAGGGGCUUCUGUCUGAGACCAGUGAUCCAAUAUGGGGCCAAACCCCUCUGGCCUCUGCAGAGACUGGGCACACAGACAUGUCCGACAGCAGCGUCCUCUCUGCACCCAUGAUGGCAGAUCCAAGCUUGUCAUCCCAGACCACAAGCACAAGUACAGUGACCUUUGGAGCACCAUCGCUGAAGAUCAAACAGGAGGAGGCAGAGGUUGAAAUUGUCUGUGUGAAGGAUGAACCUGCAGAAGCUGGCAGCAUGUCUAGGCUUGAAUAUUGCAACCCUGAACUGCACCAUCAAGUGGGGGAACCAGAGCUUGGGCUCUCACUAGAUCUACCUGCAUCCUUUCAAGCUCUUCAGAGUCCAGGCACUUCAGCAGACCUUGCAAUCCCAGCAUUCAUCAACAUGGACCCAACCACCUCCAUGUCAGAUGCGAGCCCAGAGAGUUUUGAAAAUAAUAAAUGUACAGCUGACGAGAGGGCUAUUCUUGAGUGGCAGGGAGAAAUGGACUGGAAAAUCAACCACCUGACUGCAUUGGUUCAGUGUCUUGUGGGGGACAAGCACUUUGAACCCCCACUGCAGAUGGAGGAUGAAGACGAGGAUUGCGUCUUGCCUCUGAUGUCAAUGGAGGAUCUUGACCGGUUGGAGCAAACGCUUCUAGACAAAGGGAAAAUGCAAAAAUUGUUGAACAGAUUGUCUGUUAGUGGAGGUCAAACUAUGAAAAAGACCGUGGGGAGAAUUUGCAACAAGGUCUUUGCCUCAAACGUGGCAAAACAGCUCAAUUGGUGCGGACGUGGAGACAAGCGAGGCUUGAGAAAAACAAAUAUUGGGGUACUAAUAAUAGCUGCAGCUAUGAGGAACAGUGCCCUCCUGACUCCCACAGAAGCAGAGGCAGAGAAAUGCAUCAAAGACUACCUGCGUUUGGCCCCAGGAAGGACAUCCUCCUAAUCUAUUGUAAAAAUAUGACGACUCUCAGCUGUGUGUGGGAGGGGUCCAAAAGCAGGUGCGUCCGAGACGUAAGGACCUGAACCUGAACCUGUAUGAAGAGUACAAACGCAGCAGAACUUUGAGUCUAAGAGGCCGGAACACAAACCGAGGGCUUGGUACAAACCGACGGCGUGAGCUGGAGCAGACUCUACCACAGGCUCUACUUGCAGACCUGGUAAGAGAA